GUAUCUCUCGGAGGAUGCCGGCUCCCGAUUUAGGGCUAAUCCUGGUGCUGCUCAACUCUGUGCUUCUAAUUGGUGCAAUAACUUUGCCCGCCCAGUAAGCAGAGAACACCCUUCCGAUUGCAAGCGCAUGAGGUUAAUUUGAAACUUGCCUGUUAAUUUAAAGGAGUCUGACCUGUGCUUUACACGCAAAUCCGGCUGAGCUGGGCAACUUUAAUUAGAAAAAGCUCCCUUUCGGGCUGGCUUUUCUCCGAUGCCACGCUGACGCGCCCUCCUGCCCUCCCAAGGAAGGAGCCUCCGCGCCCCUUCCUCCCGAGCCGCCGCUUAAACUGCUAGUAAGAACAAAUCCUCCAGGACAUCAUCCAUUGAGGAGGGCUCGUGUUGAAUAACAGGCUCGCUCGCCGGCGCUGGGUUUGAAGCAACAGCGGCGGCAGCUCCACUGCCUGUGACAUCACUCCUGUAGCUCAAACCCCCCGCUUAAGCUUGCCUUCAUUAGUCAGUGUGUGUGUGUGUGUGUUGGGCGAUCUCGGCUUUUGUCAGAUCUGCCGAGCGUCACACGCGCGGGAGCAGGUCCUUUGCAGAGCCGAGGACUUUGGGAAUCAGCAGCCCUGGGAGAAGGAGAGAGAGAGAGAGAGAGAGGCAGUCGGAGGGAGAACGAGGAAGCGCGACCACCGGCUGCAGGGAGAGCACCACAGAGCCGGCUUGCAGCAUGAAAUCCAUCCUGCCUCAUUACUUGAUGGCCCUUUUCCCCGUUUUGGUCCUCGGCAGCACCAGACAGGGCUAUGAAGAGCUGGAAAGGCAGCUAAAAGAAGUCUUUAAAGAGAGAAGCAGCAUUCUUCGCCAGCUUUCAAAGACAUCCAAAGAGCUUGAAGGAAUUAAAGUUAACCUCCAGUCUUUGAAAAAUGAUGAGGCCUCUGCGAAAAGCGAUGUACAGAAACUCUUGGAAUUAGGCCAAAAACAAAGGGAAGAAAUGAAAUCGCUCCAGGAGGCCUUUCAGAAACAGCUUAAUGAGGCAGCUGAGAAGGCAGAAAAACAGCAGGCCACAAUCAACUUUUUGAAGACAGAAAUGGAGAGGAAAAGCAAAAUGAUCAGGGAUCUCCAAAAUGAGAACAAAAGCCUGAAAAAUAAACUCCUGUCAGGAAGCAAGCUGUGUGGUAUUCAUGCUGAAGAGUCAAAAAAGAUCCAAGCCCAACUGAAGGAGCUUCGCUAUGGGAAAAAGGAUUUGAUUUUUAAGGCACAGCAGCUUACAGAUUUGGAACAAAAACUAGCAAUUGCAAAAGAAGAACUGGAAAAAGCAGCUCUCGACAAAGAGUCACAGCUGAAAGCUUUGAAGGAGACGGUACAACUCUGCCUGUCUUCAGUCUUGCACAAUCAUCCUCCCACUACAAAUAUAGUCCCUUCCAGACCAAUCGAGAGACAGACAUCUGUAGUUACAAAUGGUUCUAAAGUUCCAUUUCAAGUGACAAAUACCAAGCAAAGAGCUCCUGCAGACAAAGAGACUCCUCAGGUUUCCUCAAGAAGAGUAUAUAAUAAUCAAAGUACCUGGGACUGCACUUCACAAGAUAAUGGCAAGAUCUGUUUAGGAAGCCGAAACAAUUCAACCUCUCCUCAACUAAAGGUGGUAGAAACAGAUCACGACUUGCAGAAGUCACACAGUCCUCCAUGGAUGAAAACAGAAAUGAAAAGAACCGCGGAGAGAAAAGAAAGCAAUCCUGAAGAAUUGGCUAAAAUCAAGGAAAAGACUCUGUAAACAUCAGCCAGCUAUCUUUAAGAUCUUCUUCAUUUGCUCUCAUCGUCAUCUUUUUAGUCCAGAGGCAUGAAAAUGUACCACGUUUCUAAAGCAUGCAGUUUUUUCACUAUUUUAUGGAUGUUUGUAAAUUAGUUUAGAAAUUUCUGAAAUAGAUUGAUGAUUAGUAUCUUUCAGCAAUAAUCCAGCAGAAAUGGAUGUUUGGAAGAAAUGCUUUGUAAUACAGUCCAGUUUUUUGAAAUAUUAUUCUGCCUUGACCUGUAACUUGCUUAUUAUAAAUCACUGUUUUGUAAAGAGAUGCUAUUAAGAAUUUUUAUUUUAUUAAC